AUGCAUCGCCGUUUCUCUAGCCUUGUCAAAAGCGCAGCUUCCUCGUCGUCUUCGUCGCCUUUCUCCGAUGAAAAGGCUAUCGACGACGAUGCGCAGUCGAAUGUGUCGACUGUCGUUCGCGACGAGGCCCUUCCUGUACCCUCCUUGAAGGUCAAGCGCGUCGAUUACUACUAUAGUCGAUGGACAAGGUCGUGGAAGUAUCGGAACAUGAGCUCGAAGGUCGUCGUUGAGACUCUUCCCAUUAUGCAGAGCGGUACCAAUGACACGUGGAAGGAUUUCAGCUUUGUGAUUGUCCGCACUGUGCGCAACAAUGCUGAACCAGAGUUCAAGAUCGUUGUCAAGAGCGAAUAUAUCCUCAAGAUUUGCAAGGAUGUGAUCCAAUCAUGGCCUGGCAUCUCGUGGAACUCCGAUCCUCUCGAGAUGGACCCCGAGAUCUUCCUCACCUUUUACAACGAGUUCAUCGCCUACGGCGCCGCUCUCCAAGCCCAAAAACGUCGGUCCGAGCAAGAAGAGCACAUGUUGUCCUCCGUGAACCUGCUCACCAAGACCCUCGCGAACGAUUUCCGCGUUACCCUCGCCAAGAUCGAGCGGCUUACUUCGCAUGGCGAAAUUACCUUCGCUUUGCUCUACGCAAUCCUGGUUCCGCGCUCGCUCAUGGUCGCACGGUGCAGCGUCACCGGCCUGCCGCGCCUCUUCCAGCUUGCGUCGUGGGUCCGCGUUGCGCUUGACGGGAAGCCGAUGUAUCAGCUCACGCUCGAGAGCGUAGACCUCGUCGAUAGGCCGGUUACACACAGCGUUGUCGUUGGACGAGUGCAGACGACGGUGUAUUUGAAACCGUUCAAGGGCACGGGCAAAAUUGACGCGCUUGACGCAUACCCGCUCAAAUUCCAUCACGACGCGGAGGGCUUGAAGGAGGCAGUAUUGAGGCGAGGCAAGAAGUGGGUCAGCUUGAUCGGUAUGCACCACAAGCAGUACGAUGGUAUCGCGGCGUUGAAGUGCGGAGACAAGGUCAUUCGCCAUAAUGUUCGAAGUCGGAUUAUGGUCGACCGCGCCACGUUUAAGCGCCUGAACGCCAACUACGUCUUCCCUGCCCCCGUUCCUCCCAAGACUGAAGAUACCAAUGGCGAGGAGCCUGUGGACCCUCGUUUUGGUGCUGUGGCGCACCUUCAGCAGUACGAUAAUUACGGUAACCCAUUGCCCGUAGUUCCUACAACCACCAACGACAUCGUUAGGGCCUCAAACGAUGUCACCUCCGACGUGGAGCUGACCGAGGCUGAGCUCCUCCUUACACCCAGUGUCGUCUUCGGGUUCAGUCUGGCCGAUAAAGUCUGGUUGGAGUUUGACGUGGAGAAGAUCACCGAUGUUGACUGGAACAAAGAUGCUUUCGCCAACCUUGUCCUUCCUGAGGACCGUAAAAACCUCCUUCAAUCCCUUGUCGAAGCCCAUCAUAAAGAAAUCGGCUUUGACGACUUCAUCAAAGGCAAAGGUCAUGGUCUCGUCGUCAAUCUCUUUGGCCCUCCUGGUGUCGGCAAGACCUUCUCCGCUGAGGCGACGAGUGAACACGUUCGCAGGCCACUUUACGUCGUCGGUGGUGGCGAUUUGGGUACAUCAGCUAGUUCCUUGGAUGCUGCACUCGAGAAAAUCUUUGAUGUCGCGACGGCGUGGAAAGCCAUUGUCCUCAUCGACGAGGCGGAUGUAUUCCUUGAGCAGCGCUCGUUGCAUGACCUCGAGAGGAACGCCAUGGUAGCAGUCUUCCUCCGCCAUGUCGAAUACUACCGUGGCAUCCUCUUCCUGACCACGAACCGUGUCAAAGCAUUCGACGAGGCCUUCCUCUCUCGCAUCCACGUUGCUCUCCACUUCAGCGAGCUCUCUCAGGAGUCGAAGGAGCAAGUCUGGGCUGCCUUUAUUGCCAAGAUGGGCCCUGCUGCGAAGAAUAUCACAAAGGAGCAAAUCGCUGAGCUCGCAACGCGCCGUAUCAACGGGCGGCAGAUCAAGAACGCUGCUCGUACGGCACACUCGCUCGCUGUAGGCCGUGGCGAGCAGGUGCGCUUCCAGCAUUUGAUGGUCACGCUUGACGCCAUGGACGAGUUUACGCGUGAGUUUGAGAAGAGGAAUUUGGCUUGA